AUCUGCAUCGGACACGAGUGGCACGUUUUUGUUUUUGUUUUCUUAAAAGGGGGCGUGGUUUCAGGGCAGGCGCAGGAAGAAAGCGCAUAAAAGCCAGAGAGGACAUGCGCACUCAACACAUGCUCGGGAUAUUCUGGAAGAUAAACAGCGUCCACGAUGAGAGUCAAGUCCCUGUUGACGUUCUCCGCGGUUCUGGUUCUGGUCCCCAGCAAGUCCGCUGCCUUCCAGGGACAGUUCCCGCACGCAGAUAAUUCCAACCAGAACGACGCGCCGGCGCGUAAUUGCCAGCCGUCACCUCCCAUCAGCGGCUUCAUUUCCCGCGGGAUGGCGCCGGCGGCUGUCGGCACGACGGACGAGGUUCUGGAGUCCAGCCAGGAGGCGCUGCACGUGACGGAGCGUCGGUACCUGCGCCUGGACUGGUGCAAGACGCAGCCCCUCAAGCAGACCAUCCGCGAGGAAGGCUGCCUGAGCCGCGCCGUCAUCAACCGCUUCUGCUACGGCCAGUGCAACUCCUUCUACAUCCCCCGGCACGUUUACCGGCACGGGGACGCCUUCGAGUCCUGCUCGGCCUGCAAGCCCAAAAGCUUCAGCACGGUGACGUACACCCUCUUCUGCCCCGGACAGACCCCGGGGACCAGGAAGAAACGGGUGCAGCGCGUCAAGCAGUGCCGGUGCGCCACCAUAGGCACGGAUUCAUAACUUCACUCCAAAAACCUUGGAUUUUUAUUUAAUUUUUUUUUUUUACUCUACAAGUCCAACCAGCAAUGGACUAAAAACAUCCUAAUGUGGAUCAAAUUGGACAUAUUCCAAUAUUAAUUUAUUGUUAUUUUAAAUUAAUACUCAUAUAAAGCAUAUUGAGUAUUUUUUUUUUACAUUUAAUGGGGUUUUUGUAAUAAUUGCUCCAAUAUUUUUUGACUUGAACUAAAAUAAUGACAAUUAUUUUGAAAAUCCAAUCCAAUCCACUUUAUUUAUAUAGCACAUUUAAACAACAAGAAUGUUUCCAAAGUGCUGCACAGCCAUGUUAAAAACAAUAUUAAAAAUAAUAUUAUGCUCCACCAAUGACUGAAUAAAAACAAAAAAUAAAUAAAUAUAAAACCAAUGUAAAAGCAAUAUAAAAAUAAAUAUGAUUAAAAACGAUUUUAAAGUUAAAACAGUAAAUAGAAAUCAAAAUGUAUAAUUUUUUUAAAAAAAAACACAGGACAACAGAGGACAGACGACCACACAACACACGUAGUGUUAAAUCGUAAAAUAAAAUAAUAUGGUCAAUUCAUUUUUAUAUUAAAUCAAUACUAGUUACAUUGAAUUAAAAAUGUUGACAAUGGGGUUUUGCAAGAAUUUGUCAAAAGUUUUUUGUAUUGAACAAAAAUGAUUAGUUAAAAUGUAUAAAAAAAUAUUUGUAUCAAAAUGGACAUAUUUAGUUAUGUAUUUUUUUUAAAUCAUUAACAUAUAAUACAAUAAUUGGGUGCAUACUAAAAUAUUUGGUAAAAAUGAACCUUCAUGUAUUCCUAAAAUGUAU